UCGUCGCGGCUCCAUCUGUCAUCGCCGAGAAGCACCGAAGAACCACAGCGGGACUCGGCGACCACAGUAGGCCGAGGAGGACGGCCGCAGCGCCGGGGGCAGAGGGCGGAGCCGCCGUUGAACCCGGAGGAGACGACAUGACUGCGGAGUAGCGAACAGGAGGACGCCGCUUCGCCUGUUGCGGCCCACAGGCAGCAUGUCCGGGCCGGCCGGACCGGCACCGGUCGCGGGGCCUGGGCCGGAGCUGCCGGACCUGAGCCACCUGACGGAGGAGGAGCGGAGCAUCAUCCUGUCGGUGAUGGAGAGGCAAAAGAAGGAGGAGGAGAAGGAACAGAGCAUGCUCAAGGAGCAGGAGGAACUGAAACCUCCCUCGUCCUUGUGGAAUCCGUUCUCAGGGUUCAGUCAGUUGGUCAAUAACGUUGCCACCAACGUGUCCGAAGUUCUGCAGGUUAAAAGUCCGACAGACAACGAGCUGCAGACGAAGUUGCAUCAGCAGUUUGAGAUGUAUAAAGACCAGGUGAAGAAGCUGGGUGAGGAGCCUCUGGCGGCUCAGACAGCGAGGGCAGAGUCUCCAACCUGCGGUAUCUGUCGCAAAACCAAGUUCGCCGACGGCUGUGGCCGAGCAUGCUGCUACUGUCAGAGCCUCUUCUGCGCCCGCUGCGGGGGGCGUGUCCCCUUGAGAGCCAAUAAGGUGAUGUGGGUGUGUAACGUGUGCAGGAAGCAGCAGGAGUUUCUCACUCGGCUGGGGGACUUUUGUCCUGAAACGCUGUCCAUCAACCACAGCUCUCACGGGGCUCCUCACCCGCCAAGACAAGGGCCACUGGGUGCCACAGGACCCCUGAGCAACGGUGCCACAGAGUGGAGGCAGAGCUCCUCUGGAUCAUAUUACAAUGGUGGGGGGAGCAGAAUGUCUCGUUCACCCUCGGACCUUGCCGUGGACCACCGUGCUCGAUCCCCACACCGCUGCCGUGGUAACAGGGAGGAGGAGCUACAGGCCCGCAGGAAACCAAUAAGAGAUGGACGAGGUCGCUGGCACUCACAGGAUUACCCUCUAGACCAGGUUCAGGAUGAGCGCGAGCUGCUGCGGCAGCAGGAGGUGGAAUUUCAGGCUCGGUACCGUAGUGACCCAAACCUUGCCCGUUACCCAGUAAAACCGCAGCCAAGCGAGGAGACCAUGAGGAUGUUAGCUCAGGUCGGCAGGGUCCGCCACCAGCGCCGCCACAGUGACGUCUCCCUAGCAACCGCAGAACCCGACCACCUGACCAUGAGGCGUUCGGCACUCCGUCAGGGAUUGGUUGAAUCUGGAGGUCAGAGGUCAUACUCUGUGGACCGUGCAGCCAAUCACAUCAGCCCAACAUAUUCCCGCUGCAGCCCAUUAUCACAACAACUACUGGACCCAAGCUCUGCCCUAAAGAGGAUGCCGGGCAGUGAGAGUGCAGCACAGAGGGGACGGCGUGUAGGGAAGAUGCAUGUGAUUGGUAGCUUCAGCAGCUCAGAGGAGGAUCUUGUUACCACACCUGAAUACACCAGCGCUGACGAGCCUGACAGAGACAUGGACAGUCAAUGGUGGGAUCAUGGUUCCUGGCAUGGCGAGCCUGCACCCAUGUCUAUGCAGCCGGUGACAUGGCAACCGUCCAAGGAUGGAGAGCGUCUGAUUGGUCGAAUUCUGCUGAACAAGAGGAUGAAAGAUGGAACUGUUCCUGUGGACACAGGAGCACUGCUGGGACUCAAGGUUGUCGGGGGGAAAAUGACAGACUCUGGUCGUCUCUGUGCUUUCAUCACUAAGGUGAAAAAAGGUAGUCUGGCUGACACUGUGGGACACCUGAGACCAGGAGAUCAGGUUCUUGAGUGGAAUGGUCGGGUUCUUCAGGGAGCCACAUUCAAUGAGGUCUACAACAUCAUCCUGGAAUCUAAACAAGAACCACAGGUGGAGCUGGUGGUGUGUCGACCAAUAGGAGAUGUUUCCAGAUCAGCAGACAGCACCCAUGUCCAGUUGGACUCCAGUUCCAGUUCCUUCGACUCUCAGAAAGUUGGCCCAUCCAUCUCUGUCACAUCUCCAAUGAGCCCCAGUGUUCUGUCUGGACAGGUCUCAACUGUCAACAGGCGUCCUCUGGUUCCCCGGAUUCAGGUGAAGCUAUGGUAUGAUAAAGUUGGCCACCAGCUGAUCGUCACUGUUCUCGGAGCCAAAGAACUUCCUGCUCGGGAUGACGGCCGACCCCGUAACCCAUACGUCAAGAUUUAUUUCCUGCCAGACAGAAGUGAUAAGAGUAAGCGGCGGACAAAGACAGUGAAGAAGUCACUGGAACCUCGGUGGAACCAGACCUUCAUGUACUCUCCGGUUCAUCGGCGUGAGUUCAGAGAGCGAAUGCUGGAGUUGACGAUCUGGGACCAGGCUCGAGUCCGAGAGGAGGAGAGCCAGUUUCUGGGAGAGGUGCUGAUAGAGAUGGAGUCAGCUUUGCUGGACGAUCAGCCUCACUGGUAUAAACUGCAGCUUCAUGAUGUUUCCUCUCUGCCGCUGCCCAAUGCCUCCCCCUACCUGCAGAGGAGAGGACUGCAGGCUGAGCCCACACACAGCAGCAGGAGGCUGCAGAACAAAGGUCCUUAUUAUAACUCAGGGUCUCAGAGGAUCAGUGACAGCGAGUUUUCAGAUUACGACUGUGAAGAUGGCAUUGGGGUGAUAUCAGACUACAGACAGAAUGGACGGGACUUCCACAGCUCCACCCUCUCAGUGCCAGAGCAGGUGAUUUCUCCCAGUCACUGCUCCCGAUCCGACAUAGUCAGAAUGAGGUCACGGUCACCGAGCCAGCCGCCUCCUCACAGCGGUAACCCUCUGUACCCAUUAUAUCGUGAGGAUGCGGUGCGGUUGCUGCAGGGCUCCAAACUGAACCGAGCAUACUCUGACGCCACCCAAUACAGCAGUCUGGACAGAAGGCCACUGAGGAGGAUGUCUCUUGCCAACUCUCUUGAUUCCUAUGACAGAUAUUUUAAUGGCCCAAACCACAAUUGGACAAACCACAUGAUCAAUGGGAGCUGUGAUGACUACAGUCAGGACUUCAUCCCCGAUUUCCCCUGUGAGCCCGACGCCUACGAUGAGGAACUGCUGAGGUACAGUCGGGGGAUGGACCGGAGGGAUUACUACAGUCGAUCUCGCUCGGCCGACCGACCCAUCUACACGCGCUCACACUCCACCGAUCGAUCUGACUCCACCCACAUGAGGUCUGGACGGUCUGCCCCCCCCUCACCUGCCUUGAUCAGGGGAAACGCUCGAGGUGGUUCCACCCUGACGAGUCCAACAGGAACGCCUAUUUUUGGCCGCCAAGGACGCCAGCUACCCGCUGUCCCUUCCAAAGGAGCUCCGGACAGAAAUGGAGAACCUCCUGACUUUGUGCAGACAGCUUUGGCCACACCUCCCACUGCAGCAGCGCCAACAGCAACUAUAGCCCCUCCACAUCAUCAGGCCCCUGUCCACGUCAAUAAACAAGUCGCUCCCUCUGUCAGUCAUCAACCUCCUCUUAUAAGGGUCCAAGCCCCGCCUCCUCCACUUACCCAACCUCAACCACCUCCUGCAUCUGUACCCGCACCGGUACCCCCACCUGUACGUGCAGCAGCACCACCUCCUGUACCCACGUCCACAUGUGUACCUGUCCCUGUACGCACAUCCACAUAUGUACCUGUGCCUGUACCCAUGUCCACGUAUGUACCUGUGCCUGUACCCACAAAUGCACCCACAACGGCACCCACAACAGCACCCACAACUGCACCCACAACGGCGCCCACAACUGCGCCCACAACUGCACCCACACCUGCACCCACAACGGCACCCACAACUGCGCCCACAACUGCACCCACACCUGCACCCACAACGGCACGCACAACUGUACCCACAACAGCACCCACACCUGCACUUGUAGCUUCUCCUGCCCCAGCUCCACGCCCUACUCCUGCUCUAGUCCAGCCCCCACCUCCUGUCAUUCAGGCACCUCCUGAACCUACCCUACCGCCUCCACCUGCUCCAACACCUACCCCGUCCCCCUCGCCUGCCCCCUCACCUGCCCCCUCACCAGUCCCACCCCCACAGACUCCAGAAAUGGAUAGACGCUCAGCAACACCAGGAGGGACCAGAAAAGAGGUCACAUGGGAGGACCAACAGAAGAAAACACCCAAUGGGGAGGUGUUACCGGCCAGCAGAGAAGGUGUGCUGAAGGACCCCUUAAAGAUGAAGGACAGCCUAUCCUUCAAGUCAUCAGACAGUGACGUCAGUGACGUGUCAGCCAUGUCCAACGCCUCUGACACCCAAUCUGCCCACAAGACCAGUCAGAUUGAAUGUCUGGAGGGACAAUCAGCGGAGCUGGGGGAGGGAUCGCAGGGAACACAGGAAAUAGUGGGGGGAACAGAAAGCAGUGCCAUGCUGCAGAAGAGCGCCUCAGUGGAGGAUGGGGAGGAGGAGGAGCCUGAGCCUUCAAAGGCGUCUACAGCCGGAGCUCCUCUCACCAAGUCAUCAAGUGUCGGUGGUGAGAUUUGCUCACUGGGGAGAAACGAUGACGACGACGAUGACAAAAAGCGGCGCUCAAGCUUCGGAGCAAGGAUGAUGGGAAUGGUUGGACUGGGAAAAAAGAGUCAGAGUGCCUCCCAGCUCAACCCAGAGGAGGAAGAGAAGAAGAAAAAGGUGGUGAGACUUCCUGUCCAGAGGAGUGUAGAGACCGGUUUGGCCAUCGACUUUAAAUCUCGAUUCACCCGACAGCCGAGUCGAGACCCGGAUGCCGAGGACCCCAAACCUGGAGCGCUCAUAUUUCCAGGUGUGAAGCUGGCAUCAGACAAACAGUUCACUGGCUUUCUGGAGGGAUUAGGCCCCGCCCAGCUGGCUGGACGGCAGACAUUGGCCACACCCCCAAUGGGUGACAUCCAGAUCGGAAUGGUGUACAGGAAGGAGCGUCUGGACGUGGAGGUGAUCCGAGCCCGGGGGCUUGUGGGUAAACAGGGCAACAAGAACACUCCAGCCCCUUAUGUGAAGGUGUAUUUGAUGGAUAAUGGAAAGUGUGUGUUGAAGAGAAGAACACGACUGGCAAGAAAAACCCUUGACCCUCUUUAUCAGCAACAGCUACAGUUUGAAGAAAACCCUGAGGGCAAAGUUCUACAGAUCAUUGUCUGGGGUGACUACGGUCGGAUGGACCAUAAAUCAUUCAUGGGUGCUGCCCAGAUUCUAUUGGAUGAUCUGGACCUGUCCAACAUGGUGAUUGGCUGGUUCAAACUCUUUCCUGCCACCUCAUUGGUAGACCCUGCCUUGGCUCCACUAACCAAUAAGGAGACAGAGGGUAGCAAAUCUUAGCAUCAAGAGGUGUGACUGACCGGUCAUAGACGUGUUACAGGGUGGGGCCUAAAAAAAAAAGUCCCACAGUCCUCCUCUGCUGCUGCAUGCUGCAUGAUGACAUCACAGUGAUGACACAACAGUUUCAUGAUGAUGUCACUUGGAGGAAGAAGAGGAGGAGGAGGAGGAAGGUGCCAUCCCCUGUUCCGCCCACUGAGGGCAGAGACACACAACAAAGGAUUCUGGGGAAAGAAAGGAGUGGCCAUAUGACCUCAAGGUGCCAGCCAAUCACAGCAGCUCCUCAGGAGUCAUAUGAUUGUUAGAGGCAUGUCAGGAACCCAUAGACUCAAUUACCUGAUAGUAUUCAUGGAGACGCAGGAACAUAGAGGGGGCUUCUUUAUGUUUAUGCAUGGAAUGAUGAAGACAUUAGAACAUAAACACCAUCAAAGCAAAAACAACACAAGAACCAUGAAAAUCAUGAAAACACAUGAGAACAAAAGAACAUGAGAACAAAGAAAACAAGAACAUGUGAGAGCAUGGAAAAUAUGUGAGAUCGUGGCAGACUGUGAGAACGUGAGAAUGUUGUCUAAAACCUAAAAUAAAAGAUUCUCAAACAUC